CCCCGCUCAUCCUCCGCUCCUCUUGCCGCCAAAGCCGCCACCAGAGGCCGCGCACCGCGCACCCCCAGCCCCCGCCGCGCCAUGUCCCGCCUCGACGCGGCCUCGCUCCUCGCCCCCGCCUGGCCGCCGCGGGCCAAGCCCCGCCCGCGAGGCCGCUUCCUGUGCCUCGGCCUCUCCGCCACGCUCGCCUCCCUCGCGCUGCUCCUCUUCCUCGCGCUCCGCCCCGCGCCCAACCCGGAGCCCAACUACGGCGCGCUCUUCCUCUCCCUCGGCUCCAACGACACCGCUGCCGCGCACCUCCGCGCGCUCACCCUCCACCCGCACGUCGCGGGGACCAGGGCCAACUCCCUCACCGCCCGCUACGUGCGCGACGCGCUCUCCGCGCUCGCCUUCCCCGCCCACGUCACGCCCUACUCCGUGCUCCUCUCCUACCCCGUCCACCGCUCCCUCUCCCUCUCGGCGCCAGGCCGCGGCGCCGCCGCAACCUCCUUCGCCCUGAGGCAGGAGACCUACCGGGGCGACCCCUACGCGGCCGCCGCGGCGGAAGCCAUCCCGACCUUCUACGCGUACGCGGCGUCCGGGUCGGUCUCCGCGGAGGCCGUGUACGCCAACUACGGCCGCGAGGAGGACUUCGCGUACCUCGGCGCCCGCGGCGUCGACGUCGCAGGCAAGGUCGCGCUCGCGCGGUACGGGAGGAUCCACUGCGAGGACAUUGCGCACAAUGCGCGCGUCGCGGGCGCCGCGGCCGCCGUGGUGUACACGGACCCGCUCCAUUACGGCGGCGCCCCCUGGGAGGCGCCGUUCCCCGACUCCCGGUGGCUGCCGCCCAGCGGCGUGCAGGUGGGCAGCCUGUUCCGCGGCGUGGGCGACCCGACGACGCCGAUGUGGGCGUCGUCCGAGGGGUGCGAGCGCCUCAGCGUGGAGGAGGCCAUGCGCACCGACGACAUGCCGCUCAUCCCGGCGCUGCCGGUGUCGGCGCGCGACGCGAUGGAGAUACACGGCGCCAUGGGCGGGCCCGUGGCGCCGGCGGGCUGGCAGGGCCGGGAGGACGGCCCCGUGUACCGCCUCGGGCCCGGGCCGGCGGUUCUGAACCUGACGUAUCUUGGGAACGAUACGAUGGCAACGAUCGAGAAUGUCUUUGCCAUCAUCGAAGGUGCUGAAGAGCCAGAUAGGUAUGUUAUCCUGGGUAACCAUCGUGAUGCUUGGACGUUUGGAGCAUCUGACCCCAACAGUGGAACUGCAGCUAUGAUUGAGUUAGCUCAAAGGUUUUCGAUGAUGCAAAAGCAAGGUUGGAGACCUCGACGAACAAUUAUCUUCUGUAGCUGGGAUGCAGAAGAGUACGGAUUGACAGGAUCAACUGAAUGGGUUGAAGAAAACCAGGAGAUGCUAUCUUCUAGAGCUGUCGCUUAUCUAAAUAUUGACGUUUCAGUCGUUGGCCCAGGAUUCCUGCCGUCUACAACUCCCCAACUUGAUGAGUUGCUUCAGGAAAUAACUAAAGUGGUUCAAGAUCCUGACAAUUCAUCUCAGACUGUAUAUGAUUCAUGGAUCAAAUUGAAUGGUUCUCCCCAGGUUCUAAGACUAGGCGAUGGAGGAUCUGACUACUCAGCCUUUGUCCAACAUGCUGGUAUUCCUUCAAUGAAUGUAGCGUUUGGUGAAGGACCAGGAUAUCCGGUUUACCACUCCUUGUACGAUGACUACGUGUGGAUGGAAAAAUUCGGAGAUCCUGGGUUCCGACGGCAUGUUGCAGCUGCUAGUAUAUGGGGAAUGAUGGCUUUGAGGCUGGCCAAUGAUGAGAUCAUACCCUUCAAUUACAUGUCCUAUGCAAUGGAGCUUGAGGCAUACACAAAAGUAUUAGAGAAUGGAUUAAAGGGAACAGCUGUUACGUGUUCCCCACUGUACAACUCAAUCAGAGAUCUCAGAACGGCAGCUACCAAAGCCAACAACGAACAAAAGGAACUUCGAGAGCAACUGCUGAGCAAGCAGCUGAGCAAGGAUUCAAUGAAAAUCCGACAGCUCAAUGACCGGCUCAUGCAGGCCGAGCGAGCAUUCACUAGCAGGGAAGGCAUCUUCAAGCAAGAAUGGUUUAAGCAUCUGGUGUAUGGGCCUUCAGACCAGAACGACUGGGAUACUGCAGUCUACCCCGGUAUAGCCAAUGCCAUAGCCAGCGCUCGGAGCAGCAAUACUUCGGAGUCCUGGAGAUCUGUACAGCAUGAGAUUUACAGAGUGGCCAGGGCCGUGGCACAGGCAUCUGCUGUACUGAGUGGCCGUCUGACAUGAAAGAAUUGGAAUCACCUGUCAGAAAAAAAAUGUUUCAGCACUUACAGCAUACGGGCCCAGGAUGAUCUCAUGUCCCCUGCCGACGGCUACUGAUGGUCCGAGUAAUUCGGUUCCGGACGGAUACGAUACGAAGGAUGUAUAAUAAGUAGCGAAGUUGUAAUCGAUUCCAAGAGAUUUACAGCGAAUUUUAGUAUGCUGCCUGCAGGAGUAGUUUGUGUAUCUGUAUCCUGCCUGGUAUACAUAUAGCAGAUAAAACAUGUAGAUUUAUCACCUUAGCUUGCUCUUUGAGAACUCGUCGAUGUCAAUUGUAAAGUGUAUGAUAGGAUAUUUCCUGUUUCUGAGAAUAACAGUCAAGACGUGCAGGCAGUUGAUGCA